AUGAGUGGCUCCUCGGCCCCCGGCUCCGUGCGACUGCGGCGAUGGGUCUUCGCGCUGCUCGUUGUAGGUGCCAUCAUCGUGCUAUCCGACGUGCUUCUUACGUGGCAGCUACUGCCCUUCUCUCCGCCCACGUCCGCCACGACGUUAGCCACCCACGACUCCGUGGCCCGAGCCAACGACUCUUUAAACACGGAUGAGCUCUUCCAGUCCACAGCGACGAGCGGCGCUGGCGGUAGCGUGGAGAAGACGAUGAUAGGGCCGCAGCAACUGACUGAGCUGGAGCGAAAGCUUGAGACGAAGUGGAUUUACUCGCUGCUUACGCUGAGCCAGCAGACGAGUGUGCAGCGCGGCAUUGUGAUUCCGCUGUAUGGGAAAAUCAUGACGCUCGGUGUGUCACUGAUUCUGCAGCUGCGGUCUCUUGGUGUGGAGUUGCCCAUUGAGGUUCCGCAUUGUGGCGACUUUGACCAACAGUAUGGAGAGAUACUCAUGACGAAACGCGAGUAUUUGGGGGAGCUAUACGUGUACAACGUGUGCGAGCGUGCGGCGGCUGCAAAGAGCGUCCUGGACCCCAGCAAGCCUCUGUACUGCGCUGAUUUGAAGGGUUGCUACGCCCAUUUUCGGGGCUUUUAUGUCAAAGUGCUGGGCGUGCUUUUCUCCCGCUUUGAAGAAGUCAUGCUCCUCGAUGCCGACGCGUUGCUGUUCCAGUCGCUGAUGCCGCUGUGGGAUACGAAAAAGUUCCAAACGACAGGCACUCUCUUUUUCAAUGAUCGAAUUGCGGAGCCUAAUUUCCAUGCGGCACUCGCAUUCAGACCACGAAAUCGGCCGAACAUCAUGGCGAUCGAGGACUACCUGUCCAAAAUGAAUGUCGAACUGUUCCGCCACAUCCCAACACUUGCACGUCCUGAGGCACCAGCCGAUUUGAUUGCCGCUGACAAGUCGAACGUAACGCUGCACUUUCAGCCAAGCGAGAACCUCCUUAGAAGUCACUUUUGGCACGGACGCAGUGCGCAUAGUGUGGACUCGUCGGUACUGUUGUGGAAUAAAAAGCGACAGCCACGUGCCACAGCUUUUUUGGCUUCGUUCGUUUCGCUGAAUGACGUGCCACACCCACCGUCCUACGGUGACAAGGAGUUCUUCUUUGUAGCCUGUGAGCUCGCGGAAAGUCAGUAUGCGUACUCGGACUUUGCCACAAGCUCUGCUGGCUCAGACUUUCGAGAUUACGGUCCAAACAAGUCGGUCGUUUGCGGUUAUGCGUCGCACACCUUUCCGGAGAUAUCUGAGAAUGCUUCUGUCCAGACGUCAAGUCUGCUUUACAUGAAUGCGGACGACAUGAUGCGGUACAAGCCCAAGAUAUCACCGAUGUACUAUGCCGCGCCGCGUGCACACGAUUUCUAUCCCGGUUCAUUUGAAGACCGGAAGUUGCUGAUGAGAUGUCCCUUUGACAUCACGGGCGUUAGGUUCUCGGAUGCUGAGGUACAGCAGGUCUAUCAGAGGCAACGCUUCUUUAGAAUUGCCAAAGAAUGGGAAGUCAACGCGAACAAAUCUGACAUUGUCGAGCGCGUGGCGGCUGAUGCGCUCACGAACGAGGAACUUGACGCGGUCAUGAAUCUAGAAUCAAAAGGUCGACCAAUCGAAGACGUUGUUAACUUCUUGGAAAGCGAUCUUGACAAAGGAAGGCAAGAUGAGAAAGCGAGAAAGUUGAAAAGUAAGGUGGAUGAAGUUCGUGAACAGGAGACACUGCUUAUCCGUACGCUGGAUAAGAUCGCACAACAAACAAGCGUAACGCGCGGGAUCGUGAUUCCGGUACACGAUGGUAACAUCAAGUCGGCUGUGUCGCUUGUCUUGGAGCUGCGUGGCAUCGGCAUUACGGACCCAAUAGAGAUGCCGUAUUGUGGCGACUUGAACGCAGAUACUCAGCAGCUGUACCUAGCCAGGAAUCAGCUAGGCACAGUGUGGUUCUAUGAUGUAUGUAAAAAGGCGGCAGAAAUGACGAGCAUCGUCGACCCGUCUCGCAGGGUAUUUUGCGAAAGGUUCGAAUACUGCUACGCUAAGUUUCGACAGUUGCUUAUCAAACCUCUGGCGGUUACUUUCUCAAAGUUUGAAGAAAUCAUGAUGGUGGACGCUGACACGACGUUCUUUGUGAGUCCCGCCAAGCUCUGGGAUUCGGACAAGUACAACAAGACGGGCAUUUUCCUCAUGCACGACAGAAUGAGUGACGAAAAGUCGUUUAUGGCGGAGCGAGUACCUGGAAAGCCCAAUGUCUCAGUAGAGCAAGAUUACUUUUCGAGGUUCGACAUAAAGCUGUUCGGCUCACUUUCCACGAUCGAGCGGCCAAAAGCUACGUCGAAAAACCCGUCUUCACUGGCGCUAAAGUUUGAGCCAAGCGAGUUUUUUCUGAGCAGCCACUCGUUCAAUCUCCGCGCAGGCCACCAAGUUGACUCGUCUCUGGUGUUGUGGAACAAGAAGAGACAAGCACGAGCAACUGCGAUUUUGGCAUCGUUCAUCGCGCUGAACGAUAUUGCUGCUCCCCCUUCGUCUGGCGACAAAGAGUACUUUUUCUAUGCAAGUGAGUUGGCUGAAACGCAGUAUGCGUUCUCGGAUCAUGCCGUCAGUGCGGUUGGCACAGACGGUGGUGCAAAAACCUCAACCUUGUGUGGUGACAUGGCGCAAGUGUUCCCGAUUCACCAAAAUGGCGUGCCUGACGACGACGUCCCGUUGUUUUAUCUUCACAGCGACCACAUCUUACUCCAUACACCGGAACUGGAGCCUGUUUAUUAUAUCAAGGCGCGGCCGUGGGACUUGUAUCCGGGUCCGUUUGGUAAACGCGAACAAGUUUGCUCCUCCGACAUUACCAUCGGAAAGCUGUCCGAGGAGGAGAAGAGGCAGCUGGCCAAGCGACAGCGUUUCUACGAAGAGGUGGACGCAUGGAAUCGUGUUGCGCACCAAAAGCCAGACAAUCUGGACGAGCCGAAUGCUGCUGUUGGCAAACUAUUGCGGACGUCGAUCGUGGGCGAGGAAAGGCAGGAUCCAGUUGACGCCGCACAUUCUUCUCCGUACACUGACCAAACCGCGUCCACGACGCAGAUGAUGGAGAAGCAGCUUGUUUACACCCUGAGUCAGAUCACACAGCGUACAACAACGAAGCGUGGCAUCGUGAUGCCGCUCUAUGAGCCCAUCUCGCGGUUGGGCUUUUCGCUGAUCCUGGAGCUGCGAAGUAUGGGCAUCAGCCUGCCUGUUGAAGUACCAUAUUGCAGCGAUCUGAAGCCUGAGACCGUGGAGCUGAUUCGGUCAAAAAAGGAAUUGGGAGAAAUCCGCGCUUACGAUAUAUGCAGUCUGGCUGCCGAAGCCAAAAGUGUCAUGAACGCUACACGCCCAGUUUUUUGCGCGGAUGUUGACGAGUGCCGCACCAAGUUCCAAUCUUUCAUGAUCAAGCCUCUAGCAGUUGCUUACUCACAGUUCGAGCAGAUCAUGUUGCUCGACGCGGACACAACGUUCUUUAUCGAUCCUACUGUGUUGUUCGAGUCCGAGAAAUAUAAGGCAACAGGCACUUUUUUCAUGCACGAUCGCAUCAGCGACGAUUGGAAAUUUAUGGCCAAACCGGCGGCCGAAAACCGUAAUAUAUCGGUGGAGCAGAAGUACUUUUCGGAGUUUGACGUGACCCCGUUCCAGACGUUGCCGACAAUUCAGCGGCCAAAAGCCACAGUUGAGAACAAGACGCCCGUGAAGCUGAAGUUUGAGCCCAGCGAUUUUCUACUGAAAAGCCAUUCAUUCAAUCGCCGCGCAGGCUACCAACUGGAGUCAUCGAUGCUGAUUUUGGACAAGAAACGGCAGCCGCGUGCGACUGUAAUCUUGGCAUCGUUUGUGGCACAAAACGACAUCGCGUCACCUCCAUCAUACGGUGAUAAGGAGCUGUUUUUCUACGCGAGCGAGUUAGCCGAGACGCAGUACUCAUUUUCAGAUCACGCUACGGGAGCUGUGGGCACAAAGCUUAAGGACCACGGUCCUAAGAAGUCAACGUUGUGUGGUGACAUAGGACACUUAUUUCCAAUCCAUCAAGACGGGGUGCAAGACGACGACGUGCCUCUGUUUUACCUCAACAGCGAUCACAUCCUACUUUACAAGCCGGAUGUGGAGCCUGUGUAUUAUAUGAAGGCGCGGCCGUGGGCGUAUUAUCCGGGCCCUUUUCGACGGAGAUCGCAAGAGUGUCCUUUCAACAUCACUGUCGGUAGGUUCGAAGAAUCCCACAUUAACCGCCUCGCGGAGCGACGAAAGUUUUUUGAACAAGUGACUGCGUGGUAG